AUGUCUUUUUCUCCAAAAGUGCAAAUUGCAAAAAACGUAAGUUAUCAACAAGACAGGUCGGCGAGCGAGGAAAGCCGUCCCUACGUCGACCCUGCAUACCCCGCAAGCGACAACAUUACGCGACGCGUGAGAUCAACACCGCACUUAUACCCCGCGUGGAAGACUCUAUUGCACAACGUUCGCCACGAGAAUGAAAGACGAGCACCCGACUGGCGGAAAGCGUUCAAGAAGUAA